CUCAUUGAUUUUAGGAGAAAAGCCUUCCCCCGUCCCAGCUGAGGCAAAAGGGAAAACAAAGGUGUUUUUUUUUAUUUCCUGGAGUAGACUGCACACACUGACCAUGGCAUCUGAAAAGCCGAUACUUUAUAGCUAUUUCAGAAGUUCCUGCUCUUGGAGAGUGCGAAUUGCACUGGCUCUGAAAGGGAUUUCCUAUGACCUGGUGCCAGUGAACCUCGUGAAGGAUGGAGGACAGCAGUUUUCUGCUGAAUUCAAGGCACUGAAUCCAAUGCAGCAAGUCCCGGCCUUGAAAAUUGAUGGCAUCACCCUUUCUCAGUCGCUAGCUAUAAUUCAUUACCUCGAAGAGACACGGCCUAACCCCAGACUCCUGCCCCAAGAUCCGAAGAAGAGAGCCCAAGUCAGAAUGAUUGCUGAUCACAUUGCCUCAGGCAUUCAACCACUCCAGAACCUGGGUGUCCUGAAACAAAUAGGGGAGAGAAAAACGGAAUGGGCUCAGAACUGUAUUGCAUCUGGCUUUCAAGCACUGGAGCAGAUUCUGCAGCACACUGCUGGACGCUACUGUGUGGGGGAUGAAGUUUCCAUGGCUGAUUUGUGCUUGGUGCCUCAAGUUGCCAAUGCUGAAAGAUUCAAAGUGGACAUGGGUCCAUAUCCCACAAUAACCAGAAUAAAUAAAGCUCUCUUGGAGUUAGAGGCCUUUAAAGUAAGCCACCCAUCCCGGCAGCCAGAUACUCCUGCAGAGCUGAGAGCUUGAAGCCCUUCCGCUCAUUAAAUCUAGUCAUCUGGAGUGACAAAGAAGACAACACCUACAGUUUGAGUGCCAGCAGGAAGCCCUAGUACUAUUGUUUCUUUUUCAUCUGUAUGGGAAGAAGGACAGAGGACCUCCAAGGAGCCUGGAUAACUAAGAGGAGUAUGCCUGUGCUGGAAUGCUUACAGCUACUAGUUUUUUCUAUCUAAUCUAUCUCCAUGAAGCAGAUUAAAGCAGAAGCAUCCAUAA